UUGCCGUCUGCCUCUCUCGAGGGUAAGCCAUGUCCUCCAACUACAACGCAAUUGUUGAUGACCAACCGGGGUUAAGGACUUUUGCCUCCGGCAAAGAGGAUGGACCUGUUAUUCUCUUCGUUCAUGGUUGGCCGGACGACCAUUUGCUCUGGGAUGCUCAGGUGACUCACCUAAAGGAUCGCUUCAGGUGUGUGACGACAGAUCUGCCUGGCUUCAGCGGCGACGACGCCCGAGUCGAGAAGUGGGGCUACUCGACCGAGGAGGUGGUGAAGCGGAUCGAGAGGACGGCGGAGAGAGUAGGGAAUGGACAGCCCAUCAUACUGGUCGCCCACGACUUCGGUUGCAUGUACUCGUUCAAGUUCGAGGCAAAGCGGCCGGAUCUGGUGCGCAAGAUGGUUGCCAUCGAUGUCGGAGGGGCGAUGAAACCGAGCAUCUGCGGCGCCAUGCUGAUGGUCACGUACCAGCUUUGGCUCUGCGCGGCGUUCUUGCUGGGGCGCCCGAUCGGAGACGGCAUCGCUCGCUCCUUCGCCUGGCUGAUGGGGUCGCCGUCGGGGGCCCGCAUCGCGCGCGCCUCCACCUGCUACCCGUACUACCACACGUGGAAGCACAUCCUCUGCUCCGGGGAGAAGGUCAGGCCCAUGAUGCCGCAGUGCCCCCUGAUGUUCCUGCACGGCACCGCUGGCGUGAAGAAGAUCAUGACGUUCCACGCGGCUCGUUGGGCGGAGAAAGUCCAGGAGAAGGAGGGCUCCUCGUCACAGGGGAUACCCCAGGCCUCGCACUGGGUCACGAGGGACCAGCCCGAGGAGGUCAACCGCAGGCUUGAUGAGUUUCUCGCGGACAUGUAG